AUGGCGCCAGAACCUGAAGACAUCAAGGACGAGAAGAACCCUAGACCGCUUGACGAGGACGACAUCGCCCUCCUCAAGACCUAUGGGUUAGGGCCUUAUUCAACACAUAUUAAGAAAGCCGAGAAGGAAGUCAAGGAUUUGGCUAAGAAGGUCAAUGAUUUGUGUGGUAUUAAGGAGUCUGAUACUGGCUUAGCUGCACCCAGCCAAUGGGAUCUUGUUUCUGACAAGCAAAUGAUGCAGGAGGAGCAGCCUCUUCAGGUUGCAAGAUGUACGAAGAUAAUCAAUCCCAAUUCUGAGGAUGCUAAAUACGUCAUAAAUGUUAAGCAAAUUGCAAAGUUUGUUGUUGGGCUGGGUGACAAGGUUUCUCCAACUGAUAUAGAAGAAGGCAUGCGUGUGGGGGUUGACAGGAACAAGUAUCAAAUUCAGAUUCCUUUGCCUCCAAAGAUCGAUCCAAGUGUGACCAUGAUGACGGUGGAAGAGAAGCCAGAUGUAACAUAUAAUGAUGUUGGUGGAUGCAAGGAGCAGAUUGAAAAGAUGCGAGAAGUUGUGGAGCUGCCAAUGCUUCACCCCGAGAAGUUUGUGAAGCUCGGAAUUGAUCCUCCAAAGGGUGUCCUCUGUUAUGGUCCUCCGGGAACCGGUAAAACACUUCUAGCUAGGGCUGUCGCUAAUAGAACUGAUGCUUGCUUCAUUCGUGUUAUUGGGAGUGAGCUUGUUCAGAAAUAUGUUGGUGAGGGCGCUAGGAUGGUUCGUGAGCUCUUUCAGAUGGCACGCUCAAAAAAGGCCUGUAUUGUAUUUUUCGAUGAAGUUGAUGCCAUAGGAGGAGCUCGCUUUGAUGAUGGUGUGGGUGGAGACAAUGAGGUUCAGCGUACAAUGCUUGAAAUUGUGAAUCAACUUGAUGGGUUUGAUGCUCGUGGAAACAUCAAAGUUUUAAUGGCAACAAACAGGCCCGACACACUAGACCCAGCACUGUUACGUCCGGGACGAUUGGAUCGUAAGGUUGAGUUUGGCCUCCCUGAUUUGGAGAGUAGAACUCAAAUAUUUAAGAUCCAUACACGAACAAUGAACUGUGAAAGAGAUAUUAGGUUCGAACUACUGGCUCGGCUCUGCCCAAAUUCAACUGGGGCUGAUAUAAGAAGCGUUUGCACUGAAGCUGGAAUGUACGCCAUCCGUGCACGAAGGAAGACGGUAACAGAGAAGGAUUUCCUUGAUGCUGUGAACAAAGUGAUUAAGGGGUACCAGAAGUUCAGUGCAACACCGAAGUAUAUGGUUUACAACUGA